AUGCACUACAACUAUGCUUGUGCAUUAACUGAUAUUUGUCGGACUGCACACGCCUCGCCAUAGACAAAAAACCAACCAACGCCUGCGUCGCGUGCCCGGAGCGUGUGGCGUUGGAGGAGUGCCAAAUUGCAUUCAUGUCACCCCUGUCGCCCCUGCUACAUAGAAAGCCGAAUACAUACGCGACUUUAGAACACAACAUCUUUUCAGCGCAAAUCCUCACUUUGUGUUCGCGAGGUCGCGCCGGCGACGUCCCAACCACCUAACUGCACUGAACUUUGGGCAAAGAACAGUGGGCAAGAUGGGAGCCGGCUGCGCUGGUGUUUCCAGCUUGGAUUUGGGUGUGGCAUUCGCAUGUGUUAUUGGAGCAGGGAUGGCUGCAAUUGCUGGGGCCCUCUUCAUCGUGCUCGUACCAGUCAAGAAUGACCUGUUCCUCGCGGCAUCGCUUGCAUUUGCUGCUGGCGUCAUGCUUUACAUCAGCUUUGUAGAUAUUUAUGCUGGAAAAGCAAUCGGGCACUUCGAAGACGCAGGAUAUACGAGUGCUGAGGCUUUCACUUACGCUACCAUAUGCUUCUUCGCCGGCUUCCCCAUCUCCUGGGUCCUGGACAAGAUCAGCCACCGUGCCGUGUACCAUGGGUCGAUGCUGGCCUCGGGUUCCAGCUUCUGCACCCCGUCGGCGUCGGCGUCCUGCUCGUCCUGCUGUUGUACUGGCGGCGAGGCGCACAUUGACGAGAAGAGCGCGGCGGCCUGCCCGCCCUGCAGCCACGUCAUGGUGCACGUGGCGCCCCAGCCUGUGGCGAGCGGCGAUGGCGAGGACGUGAUGGCGGGUGGCGGCGGCAAGCAGGCAGGCGGCAGGGCGGGCAGCAGUGCCGGUGGGGAGGACGCCGUCAGCCAGGAAGAGCGCACCAAGAAGUUGGUGCACCUGGGUCUUCUGGCGGCUAUGGCCAUGGCGCUGCACAACAUGCCCGAGGGCCUGGUCACCUUCGUGGGCUACAUGGACUCCAUUACCUCGGGCAUCACCACCGCAGUGGCCAUUGCGAUCCACAACAUUCCCGAGGGCAUGGUGAUUGCCAGCGCCGUGUACUUCGGCACGGGUCAGCGACUCAAGGCGGUCAUGUGGACGGCCCUGGCGGCGCUGUCGGAGCCGCUGGGCGGACUAAUUGGGCUGGCGGUGGUGUGCGGCGGCUCCAUGACUGACACCGUGUUCGGCAUCCUGUUCGGGCUGGUUGGGGGCAUCAUGGUGUACAUCAGCCUCAAGGAGCUGCUGCCGGGGGCGCGCAGGUUCGACCCCAAGGACAAGGUCACAACGGCCUUGAUGGCGGCCGGAGGUGUCAUCAUGGCGUGCUCGCUGGUGGCCAUCGCCUUCUCGCAGCCGCAGGAGGGGCCGGAGUUGGAGCCGUUCAUGAGUGAAGUUGCCGGUGGAGUGACGGCGACGGAGGAGGAGGCCAUGCCCCUGGCGCCGCCGCCGCUGCCCUAAGUAAGCGUACGCAGUUUGCAGCUGCAGUAGGUCAGCACGAAGGCUUGCGUGCCUUGGAGUGUGCAUUGGAGUAGGUCAGGGCGACCGAUACUCGCCGUGCGGCGUGGACGCAUGUACGGCAUACCGCGGCUGCACACUGGCAGGGUGCAGGGGUGCCAUCAACCAUUUGAAGAAUCAGGGGAGGUUUGCAUCACUUAGUGCAACAUGGUGAGAUGAUCUGUACACAGUAGGGGCAUGAGAGCCAGGCAUUUUUCCAGGCACGUGCGUUUUACCUGCACGCAUUCCUAACGGACUGGGAUUGGGGACCCAACGUCAAUGGGGCACUCGAGCAAUCACAACACAUACUGCAGGAGGGACAUGCAAGCAGGUUGUUGAGUGCCGGGGACUCUGUUGAAUGCAUUGAGGCGUUGCGGGCAAGAAAUCAACCGUGCGUGUGUUUGCGCCAUGGCUCUAGUUUUGCAAGAAAUUUCGCUAUGGCCAAGGCUUGAACAAAGGGAGCUAAUAGGUUCCUGGUCUCCAGGGAGACCAUGAGUUGAUGAGUGAGCGCUACAGGGACGAGACUGGCGGCCAGAAUGCGGUAUGCUCGGUGCCCUGGCUACAAUUGUAAAGCAAAUUUGAG